CUUCCACAAUCGAUAAGCCUAGUUUUUGCAAGGAAUAGCAUGUUGUUGGAUACCCAAUCACCAAGCGGGCUAUUGAGUCAGGUAAUAGAAAUUAUUGGGAUUUUACCAAAUAGAGUAUGUGUAUGUGGUAGUGCAAGAAGCAACAAAUUAAUGAAUCUACAAUUAUCCAAUUGCUUCCCUUCUGAAACUGAGGGUGCUGAAUUUGAAGAUGGGGAUGUAUCAAUGAAUCGGCGGUUAUCCAAUUACUGUCCAUCUGAAAUUGAGAGUGCUGAAUCUGAAGAUGGGAACAUAUCAUUGCAACCACAGUUGACCAAUUACUUCCCAUCUGAAACUGAGGGUGCUGAAUCAGAAGAUGGGGACAUAUCAAUGGAUUGGCAGUUCUCCAAUCACUUCUUAUCUGAAACUGUGGGUGCUGAAUCUGAAGAUGGGGACAUAUCAAUGGAUCAGCAGUUCUCCAAUCAUUUCCCAUCUGAAACUGAAGGCGUUGAAUAUGAAGAUCGGGACAUUGAACGUACUAUUUAUGUAUGGGGAACCGAGAUGCCAAAAUGGUUUAAUCAUCUGAGUGUUGAAAAUUCCAUAUUUUUCUGGGUUGGUCGCAGAUUUCCAAAAUUGGCUGUCUGUGUUGUUUGUGGACCGAAUGAGGCACAAGGAUAUUCUCAUGAAUUUGGCAUUUUUUACAUUUCCAUCAAUGGUUGUGAAAAACGUGAAUCUGGGAGUUUUUGUCGAUUUCAAAAUGAUUAUAAUCUUCAGUACUUACAUUCUCCACCUCGACGACUUCUACAGCAGUAUUUGAAUGAAUCAAAUCCAACUGACCAGAAUCAUGUUACAUAUAGCAUUCAAUAUCCUUUUAUAAAAAGGUGGGGGGUCCAUGUAGAAUGCACCUGUCCUCCUCAUGAAUCUUUAAUACCUAACUUGCCCCUUCUAACAGCUGGACAUGAUGAUGAUGAUGUUGUUGAUUACUUGCGUGAGUUGCCAUUUUUUGGAUGUGAUGAUAAAGAAGAAUAUCAGUCUCCUCUGGUCCAUGAUGACAUAUCUAUGUCGUGCAUGAGUUGGCUAAUUGGGGCCACCACCAAGCUUUUUAAGAUAUUUUGCUUUUGCUGCCCCAGAGAUUUUUCUUGAACUGAGGCCCUUAGACCUUACUGCCCACCAGCCUUGAACAUUUCGUUCUGUUCUCUAGACCUUGGUGGGUUUUGUUUGUUUUCAACUUCAAUGGCCCAAGACCUUGGUGUACAUUUGAUGCCAAGUUGACUGGGAUGGUUGCCAUUGAAGUCACUGAUAGUUAUGAGCUAUAAGCAUCUCAAUCUUCAUGGCAUACUGUGAAUGGAAGACAUGGGCAGUCUAGCAAAUUUUUUUGUGGACCUUAAAAAAAAUCCUAGAGCAGACUGAUUUGGUUUAACCUACAUUACAAAUAGCACUUAAGUGAAGCAACACAGGAUGAGACACAUUGUCUCCUUCAAGUACUCAAAGAACUGUCUCUUGGCAUGCUUGUCCUCAGCUCUGUGGGGAUGUGGCAAAUGCAUCAAGGAGUUCGUGCCCUUAAACAUGCGAAGAAUUGCAAUGUCUAGAUUAUCACUCCUAUGCCUUAUCAUGCUCAAAUAUAUUAAUAGCUUUAUGCAUUAUUGGACAUUCGAGGUCAGUAUUUCCUAUCCUCUAGAAAAUGCUGUUUUCCAAACUUUGUCAAGAUGUUUCCAUAUUGCUAAUGCUUUGUAAUGAGUCUCUUUGCCUCAACCCCCAGGUAUCUAUGGUGAAAAAAUAUUACAUUAGGUGGUGCGCUACCGGACCCUUAAAGAUAGUGGAAAACACUUUUGGAGCAAUUGAAUACAAUACUUAGACCUAGAACUAUUUGUAUCUUUGGUCUAGUUGUACUCUUGUUACUUUUCUUCUGCUAUGGGUGAGCAGGGCCAUUCUUUUGUUUUUUAACUCUCUCUCUCUCUGUUUUCCCCCUGCUUCAAGACAUUGAAUGUUGCCCGUACGUGCAAUUUCUAUUAGCAAUUUAGGAAUGGAAAUCUACAUAAUCAUUAUUGGACUACUAAAAAUCAUGUUGGUGAAGUUUAUUUUAUGAAACAAGUUAUCUAGCACCAUUAUUUUUUCCUUGAUAAGUGUCUCAUAAAAUGUAUGCUUUUCUGCAUAAACAGUUGAAUGUUAGUACUGUUGUUUAUCAACAACACUCAAGUGCUACUGCAGCUUCCUUUUGAAAAGUAUGGUUAGAUGUUGGAUGGAGAGAUCUGAUUGAAAAGUGAGAACAAUGAACAAGGAAAAUGUGAGAAGGCUCCGAAGCAAGAUGUUGAGCACAAGAAAGCUUGUGAAGAUUCAGCUCACUUUUGUAGUUUGUAUGCAUUCCCUGAAGACUACAUAUCAAAGUUAAAAGAAAGG